AUGCCGCCCUGCAGUCCCCCCAGCGACGUCCAUGCACCCCCCAUUCCUCCUCCAUCGCCCCUCCUCCGCCGCACCCGUCGCUGUAGCUCAUCUUGGGCUGCUUCUGGAAGGGGUCGAACUCGCGCAGGCCGGCCCGGCCUGAGGCCAUGUUCUUCAUCUCGCCGUAGCUGGACAGUACGCCCGCGCCGAAGGCCUUCACCGCGCCUCCUUCGCGCACCACGCCAAACUCCACGGUGUACCAGUAGCACUUGGUGA